AUGGAGGCCCUGAGGGAGGUCCACUACGACAGCUCCACCAAAGUCCUCCAGACUUUUAGAGAAAGGUUCUGGUUAAAUAAAACUGAAGCAGAAGAUGGAAUCAGAGGAGGGAAGAGCAUCACAGACGGGCCCACACGCUUCAUCUACUGUCCCAGCCAUGGUUUCCCUGGAAUCAAAACUGACAAUAUCAGCAUCCUCCUGGCCUCCUACACCUGGUCCGAUGACUCCCUCCUCUUCCUGGGGGCCAGCGAUGAAGAACUGAAGGAGAUGGCUCAGGGGAGGAUUCACUUCGCUGGAGAGCACACAUCCUUCCGUCACAGCUGGAUCGAGAUGUCCAUGAAGCCUGCCAUCAGAGCAGCUGUGAACAUCAACAAAGUAAAGCUGUUCCGGAUAAACAUCAAGGAAAAGAUGAGCUCUAAACYUCCACACUUUUGCUMCAGGUUGCUGCUGCUGGUUCUGAGCUGCAGCUUCAUGUCGGCCCUCAGGCUGAAGGAACAUCUGAGUGACUGUUUGGAGGACAAAGACUACAACCAGCUGCUGAAGACGGUCCAGGACGGCCUUCCACACAUCCACAGCUCUCAUCAUGUUYUCAUUGUCGGGGCUGGGAUGGCCGGACUCACAGCAGCCAAACUGCUGCAGGACGCAGGACACAAGGUCUCCAUCAUUGAGGCCAGCAGUCGAGUCGGUGGACGAGUGGAGACCUACAGGAAUAAAGAGGAGGGCUGGUACGCUGAGCUGGGAGCCAUGAGGAUCCCUGGUUUUCACCAGAUUGUCCUCUGGUUUGCUGAACAGCUGGGCGUGAAGRUGAACCAGUUCAUCAUGGAUGACAACAACACUUUUUAUCGGGUCAAUGGGGUGAGGAAAAGAACCUAUGCUGUGAAAUCAAACCCCAACAUCCUGAAGUACAACGUGAGGCCGAGCGAGAAGAACAAGUCAGCAGAUCAGCUUCUGCAACAAGCUUUACAGAAGGUGAAAGAUGAAGUGGUAGCUCACGGCUGCUGUGCUGCUCUGAAAAAAUAUGACCAUUAUUCUGUGCAGGAAUAUCUGACAGAAGAAGGAGGUCUGAGUCCUGAAGCCAUCAGGAUGAUCGGAGAGCUUCUGAACGAGCAGAGCAUGAUGUACACGGCUCUGAGCGAGAUGAUCUACGACCAGACGGACAUCAGCGACAACGUCACGUACUACGAGGUGACGGGUGGGUCAGACCUCCUCCCCACAGCCUUCCUCUCAGUUCUUGAGGGUCCUCUCCUGCUGAACUCCAGGGUCCAUGGUAUCACUCAGACACAUAAAGGGGUCACCGUGUGGUACCAGACUGAUCCAAACCCUCGCCUCCGCCACAUCGACGCAGACGUGGUCCUGGUAACGACCACYGCCAAAGCAGCRCUUUACAUCGACUUUGAUCCUCCGCUCUCCUCCCAGAAGAUGGAGGCCCUGAGGGGGGUCCACUACGACAGCUCCACCAAAAUCCUCCUGACUUUCAGUGAAAGGUUCUGGGAGAAAGAUGGGAUCUACGGAGGGAAGAGCAUCACAGACGGGCCAACUCGCUUCAUCUACUAUCCAAGUCACGAUUUCCCAGAGAACGASACCAURGGCGUCCUCCUGGCCUCCUACACCUGGUCCGAUGACUCCCUCCUCUUCCUGGGGGCCAGCGAUGAAGAACUGAAGGAGGUGGCUCUCAGAGAUCUGUCUAAGAUCCACGGAGAUCACYUCAGGUCUCUGUGUACAGGUGUGCUGGUGAAGAAGUGGAGUCUGGACCCUUACAGCCUGGGGGCCUUCGCCUUGUUCACCCCGUACCAACACCUGGAGUACGCCCAGGAGCUCUUCAGACCUGAGGMSAGGAUUCACUUCGCUGGAGAGCACACAGCCUUCCCUCARGCCUGGAUCGAGACGUCCAUGAAGUCUGCCAUCAGAGCAGCUGUGAACAUCAACAAGAAGGCUUUAAAGCUGCUGGAUGAAUGUCAAGAUAAAAAUGAGCUCUAA